AUGGGACUGCUGACCGGGGAGACACUGGGGCCGCUGGCCGUGGCCGUGGCCAUCUUCCUGCUCCUGGUGGACCUGAUGCACCGGCGCCAACGCUGGGCCCCACGCUACCCCCCAGGCCCCAUGCCCCUGCCUGGGCUGGGCAACCUGCUGCAUGUGGACUUCCAGGACACGGUUUGCAGCUUUACUCGGCUGCGGCGCCGCUUCGGGGACGUGUUCAGCCUGCAGCUGGCCUGGACGCCCGUGGUCGUGCUCAACGGGCUGGCGGCCAUGCGCGAGGCGCUGGUGCACCGCGGCGAGGACACCUCCGACCGCCCACCUGCGGUCGUCUAUGAGCACCUGGGCUACGGGCCACACGCAGAAGGGGUGAUCCUGGCACGGUAUGGGCGCGCUUGGCGGGAGCAGCGGCGCUUCUCCCUGUCCACCCUGCGCAACUUCGGCUUGGGCAAGAAGUCCCUGGAGCAGUGGGUGACCGAGGAGGCCUCGUGCCUCUGUGCCGCCUUCGAUGACCAGGCCGGACGGCCCUUCAGCCCUGACGCCCUCCUGAAUAAAGCGGUGACCAACGUGAUCGCCUCCCUGACCUUCGGGCGCCGCUUCGAGUACAACGACCCGCUCUUCCUCAAGCUCCUGGACCUAACAGAGGACUUGGUGAAAGAGGAGUCAGGCUUCCUCCGCCAGGUGCUGGAAGCGAUCCCCGUGCUCCUGCACAUCCCGGGGGUGGCUGCCAAGGUCUUUCCUGGGCAGAAGGCCUUCAUGGCCCAGCUGGAUGAGCUGCUUGCUGAGCACAGGAUGACCCGGGACCCGACCCAGCCUCCCCGAGACCUGACUGACGCCUUUCUGGACGAGGUCGCGAAGGCCAAGGGGAGCCCUGAGAGCAGCUUCAGUGAUGACAACCUGCGCCUGGUGGUGGCUGAUCUUUUCACUGCCGGGAUGGUGACCACCUCGACCACCCUGGCCUGGGCCCUCCUGCUCAUGAUCCUGCACCCGGAUGUGCAGCGCCGUGUCCAACAGGAGGUCGAUGAGGUGAUAGGGCAGGCGCGGCGACCAGAGAUGGGGGACCAGGCCUGCAUGCCCUUCACCAUGGCCGUGGUCCACGAGGUGCAGCGCUUUGGGGACAUCAUCCCACUGGGCUUGACCCACAUGACAUCCCGUGACAUUGAAGUGCAGGGCUUCCUCAUCCCCAAGGGGACCACGCUCAUCACCAACCUGUCGUCGGUGCUCAAGGAUGAGACCGUCUGGAAGAAGCCCUUCCGCUUCCACCCCGAGCACUUCCUGGACGCCCAGGGCCGCUUCGUCAAGCAGGAGGCCUUCAUGCCCUUCUCAGCAGGCCGCCGCUCGUGCCUCGGGGAGCCCCUGGCCCGCAUGGAGCUCUUCCUCUUCUUCACCUGCCUCCUGCAGCGCUUCAGCUUCUCGGUGCCCGCUGGGCAGCCCCGCCCCAGCGAUCAUGGUGUCUUUGGCGUCCUGGUGACCCCGUCCCCCUACCAGCUCUGCGCUGAGCCCCGCUAGAGGGGGGACACCAAGCCUCGAACCCACUCCUCGUGGAGGCGCUGAUGACCAAUAAACCAGUCUGAUGGCUCCAACCUGGCUUGAGUCCCACCUGAGCCCCCUGAGCAGAGAUGCAGCCUCAGCAGCCUCCCCAGGGCAGCCACUUCCCCUGCCUGAUCCAGCUCACCAGGCAUUUGACCCCAUUUGAGAGACAGGUUUACUUAGGCUCAGAAGCUGACAGCUUACCCCCUAGUCACCCAUGCAGACCCAACAGUGGCUGCCCUGGUUGGUGACUAAGUCCAUGUAGGCCUUGACUCCUGAGUGUCAGGGGGCGGGAGGAGUGUGAAUGGGCUUCUGAUGGAAUCAGCCCAAUCCUGGGCUGGGGGAGCGCCCUCAGGUUCAGGGAUUCACUGCGAGGACUCAGGGGAGUCAGAACAGCUGUUAUACUCACGGUUAUGGUUUUCCAGAGAAAGGAUCCAGGCAGAAUCAGCAGUGGUCAAAGGCACAUGGGUGGAGUUCAGGAAGAGCAGGCACAAGCUUCCAGCUGUCGCUCUGAGGACUCGUACAGACAGUGCUCAGUUCUGCCAGCAGUGAUGUGUGACACAAGCAGAGAGUUUGCUCACCAGGGAGGCUGCCCCGAGUCUGGGUGUCCAGGGAUUUUGUUGGAAGUCAGUCACUUAGACUCGGAGAGCCCCAUGGCUCACCCUGACGGCAGUUACUCAGUCCCCAGCCUCUCUCAAGGUCAAACAGUGUGGCCCCUGGUCCCGCCAUCAAUCACAUUGUUGACAUCAACUGUGUGGUGUGACCCAGGGCCACAGCUACAGAGACACUUGUCAGGCAGGUCAUCCUAAGGGUGAAGGGGGUGUUUCCCAGGAGCUUUCAGGGGCCAGGCAGUUUUCUGGACUGUGUACGGACUGAAAUCCCAAACCUGCUGAGUAAACUUUUCACCUCACAGGGCA